AUGCAGACCAUCAUCCCGCUGGUCUCUCCCCCGAUGGCUUCACACUCAACCCUACCUCCACCACGGCAACGGCCCGCCGCUCAAAACCCCGCACCGCUCCCCGAGUCUCCCGCUUCGCCUCCGGACCAAUCGACCCAACCCGGGAGCCGAGGAGCGGAGGAACCAGCGGCGCACCCGACGCCCGUGGCCCCACUUUCAGACUCGGCGGAGGGCCUGUGGGCCCAGCUACGCCUCGUAGGCCGCCGGCUGGACGAGGUGCAGCGUGAGGUUCGCCGGACCAGGGGAGACCCGGGGGCCGAGCGACACCAGGGGUCCCCCUUCACCCCCGAGAUUCAAGAGCAAGCAAUCCCGCCGCAUUUUCGGCUCCCGUCAUUGGAUGCCUAUGACGGUGCCACCGAUCCGGCGGACCACGUAGCUGCUUUCCGCGCCCAAAUGGCACUAUACGGGACAUCCGAUGCCCUGAUGUGCAGGGCGUUCCCGACAACCCUGCGGGGCCCAGCCCGAGCGUGGUACAGCAAUCUGAAGACCGCGACCAUCGCCUCUUUCGACCAAUUGGCCAGAGACUUUGAGCUUAACUUCCUCGCUCAUGCCAAACCGAAGCCGUCGGUGGCGAUGCUCCUCGGGCUCAACCAGAGGGAGGAUGAGCCCCUCUCUCACUUUGUGAACCGCUUCACCACACAAAUCCGCGGGCUGUCUGACGCUCACCCUUCUUUGAUGAUGCAGCCAGAAUCGCCAACGCGCAAGUGA